AUGCCCUAUGGAGCCAAGGAGUGCACACAGCUGGCUAAGGGCAAGUCAGAUUUCAAACAGUUUACUAACAAGGUCCUCAAGGCCCUCAAUGAAAACCACGCUCAGCAUGGUGUCCCCCCACUGAAGCUUUGCAAGAAGCUCAAGCAGGAAGCUCAGCAGACACUUCACAGCCAUGGUAUGGAAGAAUACAAGGAAGACGGGCGUGGGGAAGGCGUCUGCAAGUGAUGGGUCCUCCUUUGUGGUGGCCAGGUACUUCCCAGCAGGGAAUUUGGUCAACCAGGGCUUUUUCGAAGAAAAUGUGCCACCUCCAAAGAAGUAACUCUCCAAAUGUAACAAGAAGGCAGAGACACACAUACAAAGUGCCUAUAGAACAACAAAGAGCCAGCCGAGCGUCUGUCCCUGUGGGUGUGUGUACUCUGGAGCAUCUCCUGUGCACACACUCUAGGCAGCUGCGCAUGAGCUCAUUUCCAGUUAAAGGACGGGCAUCUGAAGCAUUUGUCCAGAGGGUUACCUAGACCACCAUUACUUAGAUUUGAGUAUGAUCAAUUAUGACAUCUU